CAAGUGAUGUACCUCUUCAUAAAUUUCCUCAUCAUACGGCAGCUGUCAAAGCCAUUGCUUGGAGUCCACAUUCACAUGGUCUUUUGGCAAGUGGUGGCGGUUCUCAAGAUAAGCACAUUCGAUUUUGGAAUACUACGACUGGCAGAGCCUUAGAGAGUUAUGAUACUGAAUCUCAGGUUUGUAACCUUGCGUGGUCUAGGCAUGCAAAUGAAAUUGUGUCAACUCACGGAUACUCUCAGAAUCAAAUAAUUCUCUGGAAAUAUCCUACGAUGGAGCAGCUUGCUAUUUUAAAGGGACAUUCUCUCCGUGUUCUUUACCUUUCUGUUUCACCUGAUGGCGAGAAUAUAGUUACUGGUGCUGGUGAUGAAACUUUACGCUUUUGGAACGUAUUUAACAACGGAAAGAAAGAGAAGAAGC